AUGCUUCCCUUUCUCGUCUCCCUCCUGUUAGCAGCCUCCACAGCGGCGGCGCCCAUCAGCCGGAGCAAGUAUCUACGGGAUGGCGAGACCGUCCUCUCCGCCAGGCAGAUCUUCGAGAUGGGCUUCUUCAGCCCCGGCAGCUCCAAGAAAAGGUAUCUGGGCAUCUGGUUCAAGAACCCCCAGCCACAGGCGGUGGUCUGGGUGGCCAACAGGGAGAAGCCCCUGGACAAUUCCACUGGAGUUUUACUGAUUGACGAACGGGGGAGGCUCCUCCUCCUCGACAGACAAGAUGGGGAACCCCUCUGGUCAACGCGCGGCUCGCCCGAUCCUGGCGUCAACGCAGUCGCGGAGCUUCUCGAUUCGGGCAACCUCGUACUGAGAGACAGCGAAAAGGGCCUUCCGCAGGGUCUUCUGUGGCAAAGCAUAGAGGAUCCCGACCACGUGAUGCUCCCGGGCAUGAGGAUCAUGGCCGGCAGGUACCUCACAUCUUGGAAGAGCCCCAACGACCCUUCUCCGGGGAUGUACACCUUCAAGAUGGACUUCACCAUUCUACCUCGCCUCCUCAUGUACGAAGGCUCGAGGCUGAGGUACAGCACAGGCCACUUCAAUGGAUUCCGCUUCAUUGGCGUUCCCUACAUGCAACCGAACCCGAUCGUCCUCUUCAUCGUGGAAACCACGGGAGACCAGGCGGACUACCGAUUCGAGAUGAACACUAACACCACGGUGUCCAUCUUGAACCUGAGUCCCAACGGCGUGGUGCAGAGGCUGCUCUUCGAGGUGGAAACCAGUACUUGGAAGAGCUUCACGUACUCGCCGGUGGACGAAUGCGACAGGUUCGCCAACUGUGGAGCCUUUGGCAUAUGCAAUAUGAGCACCUUCCCCGUCUGUGGGUGCCUGGAAGGCUAUGCGCCGCGGAAUCCCGGCGAGUGGAACAAUCAGAACACCAGCAGCGGCUGCGUCCGCCAGACGAUCCCCGACUGCAGCGGCAAUUACAGCGGCGGCGACGGGUUCCUUCUGGUGCCGCAGCUCAAGCUGCCCCACUUGAUCAACGUCAUGGUGAACAGGAACAUGACCCUCCAAGAGUGCCGGCACAAGUGCGCGGAGGACUGCUCCUGCAAGGCCUACGCCAGCGCCAAUGUCACCGACGACCGCGGGGGAUGCAUCACUUGGCUCGGCGAUCUUCUGGACAUCAGAAUCUUGGACACAAAGGUGCAGGACCUGUACAUACGAGUUCCGGCCUCUUCUCUCGGUACACCCCCACAUCUCUCGUGAAGAAGUCAACUCUUCUCCGACCAUUUUGUAAUAUAAAUGGUGGGUUUUUCUCUCCGACUCAUGUUUGAUGACCGUUGACGAUAUGCAACAUGUGCCCGCGCAUCAAGUGAAAGAGCCUCCUAGGAGAGCAAAAGUGCCGAAGAAGGUCACGAUUCUGGUCCCGUCCAUUCUGUUCCCGGGAGUAGUCCUGUCCUUGGUCUGCUGCUGGAUCCUGAAGAAGAGGACGAACACAAACACCGAAGGUGAAUUUUCACGGCGGGCCUCGUCUGCCUUCGCUUAGAUGACGUUGAAUUGCUGCAACAAGUCAAGAAAUUCCUUCUUCGUUUUGCAUCAUUCUGAUUCGAAUUGGUUCGCGAAAGUUGCCCACUCUGCCACAGACAAGACCCGCAUCCGCGCAACAGUCAAGAAGAACGAAGAAGAGCUGCCGCUGUUCGCCUUGGAGACUGUUGUAUCGGCGACGUCCGAUUUCUCGCCCGCUAAUAUAAUCGGAGAAGGGGGCUUUGGGGUCGUCUACAAGGUAUCCCUCUGCCGUUGGCCAAUGGAAUCUCUAUGGGCGAUCUGAUAUAGAGACGAAGAAAUCGCAGGGAAUCCUGGCUGAUGGGCGAGAGGUCGCAGUGAAGAGGCUGACGAGAGUCUCUGUCGAGGGGCAAAGCGAGUUCACCAACGAGGUCAAGUCCCUGGCAAGACUCAGGCACAGGAAUCUCGUCCAGCUCCUGGGUUGCUGCAUUGCCGGAGAAGAGAAGAUGCUCAUCUACGAGUACAUGAAGAACAAGAGCCUGGAUGCCUUCAUUUUCGGUAACUAUUGACGAUCUGAAGCUCUCCAAGAUCCAAGAUUUCUGUACUUCGAAUGGCCCAUGGAUACCUGUGAUUUAUUUAUCUCAGAGAGCUUGGCAUUUCUCUGGGGGUUCCAUCAAAUUUCUAAUCGAACGAAUUGAAAACAUGAUGAACUUAGAUGAACAGAAACGUGCUGUUCUGGGAUGGAGAACUCGCCUGGACAUCGUGAUGGGCAUCGCUCGUGGACUCCAGUACCUCCACCAUGACUCGGGGUCGAGAAUCAUACACAGGGAUCUCAAGGCCUGGAACGUCCUCCUCGAUGAAGCAAUGACCCCCAAGAUAUCGGACUUUGGGACUGCAAGGAUCUUCGGUGCAGAUCAGAUGCUGGACAAGACUAGGAAGAUCAUCGGUACAUAGUAAGUUCUUCAUCGAUCAUGCUUACAAAGAAUCACAUUCUUGUCUUGAUCUAUACAUUUUUGUUAGAAAGGCAGAAAAUCCAUGGGCAGUAUCGAAAGUUUUGACUGCAUUGUUUCUGGGUUUGGUGGGCAUUGAACAGCGGAUACAUGUCUCCAGAAUAUGCGAUCGAUGGGGUCAUCUCAAUGAAGUCGGAUGUCUUCAGUUUUGGGGUUCUUGUGCUGGAGAUCAUAUGCGGAGUCAGGAAUCGUGGUCUAUACAUUACUGAGCCACAUGAAAGUCUCCUAUCAAAGGUAGAAAGAAAGCACAAAUAAUAUCUAGUUCUUUAGUCAUUUUUUAUUUUACUCUGUUCUUUAAAGUCGUCUAGGAUUGACCAACGCUGUAGUCAGACAAAAGUGCGCUGACUUUCAACGUCAACCUACAGAAAAGGUCAUGCUUUAUCACAUUACCGUUUCAGGCAUGGGGGCUAUGGAAGGAGGGCAAAUGUGCAGAAUUACUUGAUGAUGCACCAAGCGGUACUUGCCCAGUAUCUGAAGUACUGAGAUGCAUACAUGUUGCGUUGUUGUGUGUGCAAGAACGAGCUGUGGUUAGGCCCACCAUGGCCACCGUGGCCAUGAUGUUGUCGAGUGAAACAUUUCCACUCCCAGAACCCAGGAGGCCGGGCUUUGUUGUGUUCAGGAGUCCCAAGCACGCAUCUGUCUCUACAGCAGUUGAGCUCCUACAGUACACUGGGAAUGGAGUGACAAACACAGUGAUGGAGGGCAGAUAG